AUGUUAACGGCCCGCAAACGUGCUAACGCCAGGAACUCUCGGUUGCCAGAGUUUUGCGCUGCGGACAAGCUUUCCGCUGGAAAUACGUCGACGACAUCUGGUCCUGACACCGAGGAGGUGGUUCUGGACUACUUUAACCUGUCGAUCAGGCUCGAAGAACUCUACCUUGACUGGGCUUCCAAAGAUAAGCAUUUUACGAAAAACUCUGCGAAUUUUGGCGGAAUACGCAUGCUCAGACAGGACCCGUGGGAAAACCUUGUGUCUUUCAUCUGCUCGACUAACAACAACGUGAAACGGAUCUCGAAAAUGUGCGAGAAUUUAUGUAUUCACUAUGGCGACUUUUUGGUCGAGUACCAGGGGAUCAAGCACUACAAAUUUCCUGAGCCAGAACGUUUAGCCCAGCCAAAUGUGGAGGCAGAACUGCGCGCGCUCGGGUUUGGGUACCGGGCAAAAUUUAUUCAGCAAACGGCCAAAAUGCUAACAGAGAAGGACGAGUUUAUGAAACUGUACUCGAUGAGAACAGAGCCCCAUAAAACGUGCCACGAGUACCUCCAGACGUUCAUGGGUGUCGGGCCUAAAGUCGCUGACUGCGUGUGUCUGAUGUCACUGGACAAGCACGACGUCGUUCCGGUCGAUACCCAUGUUUUCAAGAUUGCUACCAAAACGUACCGCAUGCCAGGAAAAAUACUAAAUAAAGAGCUCUACGCACAAAUCCAGGAAAGGUUCAAGCAACUGUGGGGCGAAUACGCGGGCUGGGCACACUCCGUGCUCUUUGCUGCUGAUCUGCGGGAUCUGAAUAACGGGAUCAAUAUAAAAACGGAAAAAUAG